UUCCAAAGAGGAAGCCGAUUUGGAGCAUUAUUUUGAGGCUCGUAUGCUUUUUAUGGAUCGUCUACGUACACUUGUUGAACGAAUUCCUCGAAGAAAAAAUAAACAAAAGAAGAGAAGAAGGAAAAAAGUUGAGGACAAUGAAGAUAAAAAUGAAGAGAGUUUGAUGAAGGAAGAGGAAAAUGAGAAAGAAGAGGAAGAAGAAUAUAAAAUACAACAAAAGGCAGCAUUUGAACAUUUAAGAAAUCGUUUUAGAGAAUUGGAACGAACACGUGUUGAGCCUCUUGUGCGUUUAAUAGAUAAAGCUAAAAAGAUGAGAGAUGCUGAUCUAAUAGCACUUUUUGAUGAUUUUUAUGAUUUGGGCGGAGAAGUACAACAACAACAACAGGAAGAAGAGAAAGAAAAGUGUGUUGUAAUAGCUACUGGUAGUGGAGAUUCUGCUACAUCAGCAGAAGAACAGCCACGAGCUUCUGAUGAAGAUAGAAGGCCUAAACCUAGAAGAGUGCGUACUUACCAUGGAGCGACUGAUAAACGAAAAAAAGGGAAUUCUGAUGGCUCAUCCUGUUCUUCAUCUGGCGGAGCUAGUGCCAUUCGUCGCCAUACAACAUUUCCAUCUAGUGGACGCCAUGAUGCAAGUUCAGAUGAUGAGGAUGACGAAGAAGAAGAAGAUGAAUGUCUACGCCAACUAUUACCGCUUCGUAUGGGUGCUGGAGCGCGUCGUGAAAUCUGGUUAACAGCAGCAAUGCAAAAAGUAAUUAAUAAUGAUGAAAUAAUUAUUAAACAAGAAGAGGAAGAAAAUAAACAAUUAAAAGACGAAGAAUUAGCUUUAAAUGAAACAAAAGUUUUGAAAAUAAUGGCACGCGAUUUAGCUCGUCGUGAAGCGGAAAUUGAACGAAAAGAGGCACAACUUAAAGCUCGUGAGGAGGAAACAUUACCAACUUUACCAUCAAAUCAACAAAAACCAUCAUCUUCUUCCUAUCAACACUCACCAUCUUCAACUUCCUUACAAUCUCCUUCAAACACAAAAUAUUCAAAUAUAGAAAAGAAAACAUCGUUUAAAGGAAAUAAACAAAAAAAUAAUCAACAACAAUUAUUGCAACUUGAAAAGGAAAAAGAGUUUGAUCACCACCAAUCAUUUACUACAAAUACUUCUCCAUCAACUUCGACAAAAUCAACAACUACAAUUCGAAUAAACAAUACUUAUUGUGGUGCUGGACCUAUACCAACAUCAACAUUAUCAACUAGUAACACUAAAGAUACUUUACUUCCUUCCUCAAUAAGUAAUAGCCAUUUAAUUCAAUCAAAUAAACAACAAUUUAAUAAUAAUAAAAAAUGUUCAAUAACAAUGUUAGAGCCAAAUCAAAAUAAUAAUAUUUCUUUUGAACGUCGAGCAUUAAGUCAUGCUGAAUUGCCUGUUCAUUUGGCUGUAAAAACUGAGACAAAACAAAGAAGGAAAUAA